AUGGAUUCUACAAAUUCAGACUCUUCAAUACUUACCGCUAGUUCAUUUUCAGACAUCACCUCACUAAACCCACGACUUGUUACUAAUUUACAACAUCAUGGCUUUUCAAAACUUACAAAAAUACAAUCUUUGGCUAUACCCAUACUAGUUGAUUAUAAAAAUGGACUAAUUUGCAGUCCUACAGGAUCUGGAAAGACUUUUACAUUCCUCAUCCCUGCAGUAAACCAUCUACUUAAUGAUACUGCCACUAAAAAAUCCAGGAAGGAUGGGACUAGGAUAAUUAUUAUCUCGCCAACUCGAGAGUUAACACAGCAAACAUGUGAAAUAGCAAGUAAAGUAACUCAGCUUUGGCCUUGGAUAGUCGUUGGUUCUAUCACGGGCGGGGAAAAGAAAAAAGCUGAAAAAUCGUCACUUAGAAAAGGUAUUACCCUUCUUUGUAGCACUCCAGGUCGUAUGCUAGAUCAUCUACAAUCCACUGCUAGCUUCGUUUCCAACAAAUUGAAUUGUUUAGUACUAGAUGAAGUUGAUCGAUUAUUGGAUAUGGGAUUUGAGUCCAAAGUAAAGAGUAUAUACGCGAAACUUGUGGAUAAUGCUGAUAACAAAUUCCAAAAAAUACUCAUUUCUGCCACAAUCAAUUCUGAAGUUGAACAACUAGCAACAUUUUGCAUUGGCCCUGGUGAAUCUUUUACUCCUGUUAAUAUCAUAGACAAAAAGUUUCAAGUCCCCAAAACCUUGCAACAUAAAUACGUCAUUGCUCCACUUAGAUAUAAAUUUCUAUUGUUAAUUGCACUGUUAAUUAAAUGCCGAAAGGCUGUUGUAUUUGUAUCAAAUUGCACGGCUGUAGACUAUUUCCACAAUCUACUUAGCGUAGUGACAUGGCCAAAUGAGGUAUUAAAGGAUAAACAACAGCAAAAAGAAAUUUUAAAAAUAAAGGUUUAUAAGAUUCAUGGAAAAAUUUCACCCGACGAUCGCAUUGGUUUUAUGGGUGACUUUACUAGAGCUGAAACUGGCAUAUUGGUGGCAACUGAUGUUGCCUCUAGGGGCCUAAACCUACAUGUAGAUCUAGUCGUUCAAUUUGACCCACCUCAGCAGCUUGGAGAAUAUGUACACAGAUCAGGUAGGACUGCCAGGCUUGGAAGUACUGGUAUUGCUGUACUUAUGUUACUGGAAUCUGAGCAGGGAAUUAUUGGUUUACUGAAUGAAAAAUCAGUAUAUCCUACGCAAUUAUCGAUACAAGAACUGUAUUCUAAUUUAUAUUGUACAAAUUUUUUAUCUAAAUAUCGCAAUCCUAAGGUAACUAUAUCAUUUUUUUUACGCCACUUUAGACGUUUGGUAUCCAACGACAAGGAAUUGGCAAUAUUGGCAAAUGAUGCUUACCUUUGCAGUGUCAAGGCCUAUCGCACAAUUGUGCCCCAAUUGAGACACGUUUUACACUUUAAAAAGUUACAUUUAGGCCACAUGGCCGCAUCUUUCAACCUUUCCCAUACCCCAUCACAGGCUUUUAGUGUCAAAUUGACCAAUAAUAGCACUUCUAAAUGUCCAGAUAGUUCAGAUAUCAAUUCAGACAUAGAUGAUGCCGUUGAUUCAGGCCAAGUAUUAAAGAGACGUAAACACCAAAUUAACAAUAAAAUUAGUGGUAAAGGCAUCAAUUUUGGAAAAGUUUAUACUGCAAAACAAAGAAAAGGCCUUAAGAGGAAAAAUAAUGCCAAAAUUGAAUUUAAACCAAGUAAAAAAAGAUAA